AUGAAACCUACUCCAGAAAAGGACCCUAGCCAUAAGAAUACACCCCCAGUCCUGCCGGCGGAUGAUGGCCCUCUACUGGACCUGAUGACCGAACAACCCCCUCCUUACCGGGGCCCAAACCCGGCACAGGAACCAGAGGAGGCAACCGCCAGAGGGGAACCCCAGGGAGAGCCCCCCUCAUCCCCGGUGGCGGGACGCUUAAGGGGAAGACGGGAAGUCACUCCCGACUCCACAUCCCAGGCCCUACCGCUACGGAUGGGGCCUGAUUGCCAGCUCCAAUAUUGGCCCUUUUCUGCGUCUGAUUUAUAUAAUUGGAAAAAUAAUAACCCUGCUUUUUCAAAGGAUCCCUCUAGGCUCACUGCAUUGAUCGAGUCUAUUUUAGUGACUCACCAGCCCACCUGGGAUGAUUGCCAACAGCUGUUCCAGACGCUGUUGACCACUGAGGAAAAGCAGCGGGUUGUCAUAGAGGCACGUAAAAAUGUUCCAGGAGACGAUGGACAACCCACCCAGCUGCCACACAGAAUAGAUGCGGCUUUUCCCUUGGAGCGACCGGAUUGGGACUUCUCCACUGAGCGCGGUAGGGAACGCCUACGUCAAUAUCGCCAGUUGCUCAUGGCGGGUCUCCGUGGGGCCGCAAAGCACCCAACUAAUUUGGCCCAGGUUAAAUUAGUGACUCAAAAGUCUGAAGAAUCUCCCUCUGCCUUCCUAGAAUGUCUCAAGGAGGCAUACCGUGUGUAUACUCCCUAUGAUCCAGAUAGUCCGGAUCAGGCAACUAAUUUAGCCAUGUCUUUCAUUUGGCAGUCAGCCCCAGAUAUUAGACGGAAGUUAGAAAGACUUGACAAUUUAAGAGAAAAUACAGUGCAGGAUUUGCUGAAGGAGGCAGAGCGGAUUUAUAACAAGAGAAAGACACAGGAAGAAAGGGACGAAAGGCUGAAGAGAGAGGCAGAAGAAAGGGAGAAUGUCAGGGAGUGGAAGAGAAAUAGAGUUUAG